AUGAACAUCCACGCUUCAGAGUUUCCGCAGGACUUCAAAGGACUUGGUGGCUCGCGCGGUGGUGGACCCCUCUCAAAGACGAACAUACGGAGGAAGAUGACGAAAGUCAUUGCGAACAGGAUCAGGAUGCACAAGAACCACUAUCGACCCCCUAUCCCCAUUCCCCUUCCGGAAUCUAUCUGUAUCACCCCAGAAGCCGAGGAUGACAGAAUCGCUGUAGAAGACGCCAUGCCUCAGCAUCCAAGCAAACGAUCAUCGACUCCCUGCCUACCCAUGCCCAACGCUACUGGCCAGGAGCAGUCGAGGCAGGCCGUGAUGAAAGACGAGGUACAGCAGCAGACUAAAGGCAUCCUGACUGCUGUUAAUCUUAAAGCCCUGCAAAAACUGAAAGCGCAGGCUAAACACGAAAAGGAAAGUCGAGGUGACGACACGAGGAAGCAAAUGUGGAGGCGAGAGGAGAAUGGGGGCAGCAACGAUAUUCUCACGGAGGAGAAUCUCAGGAUCUUCAAGGAGCUCAAGAUUCAGGCAAGAGAAAGACGACGUCGAGGAGGUCUUCGUUCACUACCACCCGUACCAAGCAACCUCGUUGCCCGGGUGAAGGACUGCGAGGCUAGAGUCAAGGCUCUUGUUAAGGACCAAGACUCCUUUGAGGAUAUGGCCCCUUUUCUUAUUGCCGGAGGGGCCGCUACUUCUCUCCUCAACGCAUUGGCUGAGACCGAUAAUGGCCGACUUAAACAAAGAGCCAAUCAAACCCUGACGCCCAAGCUCAUCAAGAUAGUCUUCACUGUCAUCGAGGAGCACAACCUUGAGGCCCUUGUAAUCCUUCAGCGGAUUGGUCGCGAGCUGCGACGCCUGCUACUUGAAGUUCGAGGCUUACUCAUCGAGGUAUCUCAAUCCGUUAGUCCAUUUGCUAAUGGUAUGCCCAACAAAAUGUGGGUUGAAGGGACUCUCGACGCAAUAAGCUACGCUGAGAAGGAACUACUACCCUUGAUCUCGGGCGUUUACCUCCCACUCGUUGAAAAAGCUAUUUACGCCUUUUCUGACGUCGACGCGAGGUUGGCUGACCUCAUCGAAAAGUACAAAACUUUGGAGCUGACGAAAGAAAUCGAGGAAAUCGAUGUGUGUUACUUCCAAAGCGACCGCCCCACGUGGUGGUCUGGCUGGUUCCUGAAGCGAGAGAGGAUCACGACGACAUAUUUUUUGGAUCCGUGUACUCUUGACGAACUGCAAGAUGUGGCAGUCAGGGAUGCGGCAAUAAGAACGUUGCUUUUGGAGGAGUAUCGGAAGGAACAUCGUUCCCAACCCCGAUACAACGACAUCCGCCCCCCGAGGCCGCCGACCAUGUAG